AAUUGGAAUUGCAUUAUAUCAGAGUUUUGCGAUAACAGCAAUGAUCAGUUUCUACGUUAACUUUAUAAUGGUUUUAAUAAUAACUCCACGCGAAGCGAUUGCAAGUUGUGUAAAUGCAAAUAAGAAAAGAAUAAAUGAAGUAGAACAUUUAAAAGACGAGUUUACUAAAGGUGACACCACGAAGCCGAGAUCUCGCUGUUGUCCUUACGAUUUCGAUCCUUCUCUUUGUAAAAUAGUUGGUGAUCGAUUACUAUGUGGUUACAAUAGAAACAUAGGAGGCUUCCAAAGCGACAAUGAUGUUGAAUUACGGAAUGGAUGUCGCAUACGAGGCGGUAGGGUUGAAUGUGGCUACGUUAACGGACCUUUUAUAAAUCCCAGAAGACCGCCUAUUGACAAUAUACUACCUAUGUAUGAUGAUGACAGUACUCCCGUAAAUGAUGUAAACGGCAGUGGACCUGAGAACGAUAGUCAUAAAGAAGCUCUAAAACAUGUCACAUCUAAAAAUUUUCGUGAAGCUACGACAAGAUGUCUAGAAAUGCGCGAACGUGUCGUUUGUCGACAAUUAUAAAGCUUGUAUAUUUAAAUAAAGA